AUGCAGCGAGGAGGAAGAUGUGAGCGCAGCAAUAACGAAUACACCGUCUCCGGUGUCCCAGUGUUGGCAUGGAGGCCAGCCAACAUCCCACUCCACACCCUCUCGUCGUCGGCACGUCACAAUCGAGACGCUGAUUCCGCUUAUCUCCUCGAGGACCACGACAAGGACAGCCCACGCUCCUCCUUCGACACCCCCGAAUCCGACUCCGACCUCUCGCUUUGGAGCGACACAGGCGAUCUCGUUGACCAGCUCGCUGACCAGGAAGAUCCGCUCAGCAUCCGCCUGCGGGGAUCGCUCGACGGAGCCCACCCUCCCAAGCAUCGACGCCAGCAAAAGCGCGUCCGAUACCAGUCCCAGGACGGCCUCAACGAAAAGCCUGGUGGCUACCGGGGGGUUCGAAAGGAGGACAUUGAGGUACCCGAUCCGGGGCCUCGGACUAUCUCUAAGGCAGAGAGGAUCCUCGCCGCCAUCAUGGCUCCGCGCGAUGGACCCUCCCGUAUCCACGGGCUACACGGGAAGAAGUUGAUUUACUUUACCAGCGUCUUUGUAUCAUUAGGCGUCUUUCUUUUUGGCUAUGACCAGGGAGUUAUGUCUGGUAUCAUUACAGGAGUCUAUUUCAAGGACUAUUUCAACCAGCCUACAAGUGCGGAGUUGGGCACAAUGGUCGCAAUCCUGGAGAUCGGAGCCUUCGUUUCUUCCUUGAUGGUCGGCCGCGUAGGUGAUGUACUAGGCCGACGCAGAACUAUCCUUUACGGCUCGCUCAUUUUCGUCAUUGGUGGCGCCUUGCAAACUUUUGCAAACGGCAUGCCCAUGAUGUUGCUGGGCAGGAUCAUUGCUGGUCUGGGGGUUGGCACCCUGUCCACCAUCGUGCCCAUCUACCAGUCGGAGAUCUCUCCGCCCCACAACAGAGGCAAACUCGCCUGCAUCGAAUUUACUGGCAACAUCACCGGCUAUGCUGCAAGUGUCUGGGUCGACUACUUCUGCAGCUAUAUCACCAAUGACUGGGCCUGGAGGAUACCUCUGCUCAUGCAAUGCGUUAUGGGCGGCCUCCUCGCCGGAGGGAGUCUGCUCAUUUGCGAGUCCCCCAGGUGGCUGUUGGAUAACGAUCAUGACGAGGAGGGCAUUGUUGUCAUUGCUAACCUCUACGGCAAGGGCGAUAUCCACAAUCCCAAAGCGCGUGAUGAAUACCGAGAGAUCAAGAUGAACGUUCUCUUGCAACGCCAAGAAGGCGAGCGAUCCUAUUCCGAUAUGUUCAAGCGCUACUCCAAGCGCGUGUUCAUUGCCAUGUCCGCCCAAGCCCUAGCGCAACUGAACGGCAUCAACGUCAUCUCGUACUAUGCGCCUCUCGUCUUCGAAGAGGCUGGGUGGAUGGGUCGCCAGGCAAUUCUGAUGACCGGUAUCAACGCCAUCACGUAUCUACUAUCCACUGUACCCCCUUGGUAUGUUGUGGAUACCCUGGGUCGUCGAAAGAUCCUACUUUCCGGCGCCGUGGCCAUGGUCAUAUCUCUCUCCGCCAUAUCGUACUUCAUCUACCUCCAAGCCGAUUGGACUCCCAAUUUGGUUGUCAUCUUCGUAAUGAUCUAUAAUGCCGCCUUUGGAGCGUCGUGGGGUCCGAUUCCGUGGUUAUAUCCCCCGGAAAUUCUUCCGCUCAGCAUACGCGCAAAGGGGGCGAGUCUGAGUACGGCCACCAAUUGGGCGUUUAACUGGCUGGUAGGAGAAAUGACGCCGAUACUGCAAGAGCAUAUUCAAUGGCGUCUGUAUUUGAUCCAUGCGUUCUUUUGCGCUGCUAGUUUUGUCAUUGUUUGGUUUAUCUAUCCCGAAACGGCGAACGUCCGCCUAGAAGACAUGAACUCCAUCUUCGGCGAUGCCACUUCGGUAAUGCCGACACCGCAGACGCUUGCUGAAGCGGAGUCGCUGUUCAGCGGUAGCGCUCGCUCUCCUGUCCCAUCGCUCGACAUACGGAGUGGACGGGCGGCGGUGGAUAGCGCCAUUCCCGGCCUCAAUAUCGACCCGCCUGAUGAUGUAGAGGGACAGGCCGGGAAGCCGUCAAAGGAGGAGACGGAGCAGACUGAGGGCAUCGGCGGAUGGAUUUCCAACAUGGUGAAGAGGACAAAGGGCAACGGAGAGGGUGAUAGCUCAAGCGCUCGGUACAAGCGCGUGGGCCAAGACGAUGACGAAGAGUGAGAGGGCAAUUGUGCAGACGUUCAGCAUUUGAUAUUGUUUACUGCAUCAUUAGCUGCUUGGCAGCAGCAUGCUAUGAUAUCCUUUGGUAAGCAUGCCGGUUUUGGGACGAAUAGAGGGCGCAAAGCGGGAUUGGUAUCGCUCAGCGAGGCUUCACGGCCUUGGCAUUGUAUUCAUACUGCGUUGCAUCUUUAAUCAUGGUUACUCGGCUCCGGGAGCGGGUGUAGAGAUGAAUAGAACCGUUACCGCUGG